GCGGCAAGAAAUCCAGAGCGCGAGCGGUAAUUACCAGCGUCCAUUCCCGCAGCUGGACCUCCUCGAUGCCACAAUGACAGACUUCGAGUGGCCUUGGCAAUAUAAUUUUCCUCCCUUUUUUACACUUCAACCCAAUGCAGAUGUGAGGAAGAUCCAGCUGGAUGCCUGGUGUGCGCUGGUCCUCGGCUGGGGGAAGAGCAACAACGUCAGUCAGAUUGAUGUGACGGAGGCCUCUAGCUUGCCUGUCUUCAAGAACUCUGCCAUCAGUCGUGCUCUACCAGCUGAUGCUAUUGCAGUUGUUUUAGAAGAACUUGCAAAGCGAGGAAAUCUCGAGUGGACAGAUAAAUCGAAAAGGAGGGGUUACCUAUUCUGGAGAAGCCCUGCAGAAUGGGGGCAACAGAUCUACUCUUGGGCACAAUGUACGAGUCGUAUCAACACAGUUAGCACUCUUUAUGAAAUCAAUCAGGGUGAUGAAACUGCAAGUGAAGAAUUCCAUGGCUUGGACAGUGAUAUAUUGAUGAAAGCACUCAGGGCUUUAGAAGCGUCCGGGAAAGUAGAAAUAAUGGACUUCGGUGACAAUCAAGGAGUGAAAUUCCUCUGAGUUUUUAUUCGAUUAAAUGCAUCCUUCUUGCAAGAUCCGAAACCUGUGUCACAGAAGCUGAAGAUUUGCAGUGUGAUCUUUGUCAUUUUGAUUGAAGCUGAGCAGGAAUAUACUAAGGGUUUUUUAUAGCGUGACUCAGCGAUUAUUCUGUUGUUUUACUUUUCCGUUACACAGGAAUUCCAAAUUCUGAUAUUCAGUUAAAAAGUGAACACACAGGAUGCACAAGCUUUUUACAAUCUUGUUUUUUUUUUUAUGAUUAUUCAAUGUUCAUAAAGAGAUGUAGAAAAAUUCAUGCUACUUACAUAAACUGUCACAUUGUUAUGAGAAAAUCAAUGUGAUGCAGUAACAAUGAAUAACAUGUGUAUAAUUUAUAAGCAAGGCCUUAGUUUAUUUAACUUUUAAAAUGCCAUUAGAUAAUUGUGUUAAAAUAUGAAUUUUAUUACAGACAGUGAAUAGCUGUUUUUACUUGUCAAUUUCAGUAGGUCCUCUGAUAUACAGACAGAAAUAUGAUAUAAUACAUUAAACUGAUAGUAAAUAUACUGAAGCUCUGAAAAAUAUAAAAGGUUAUGAUGAAAAACACAGCAAAAUGUGUGUAAUAUAGUAUUAGACAUGACACAAGCCGUCCCUGUAGGAAAAUGUAGUGUUUUUGAUUUAACACUGUACAGAGCUGGUAUGAAUAAUUAAUUAUAGUAGUAAACUUGAAAUGAUAACUGCAGAUACGAUAGAUAAUGUUAAUCAAAUUGCAAAAUGACAGUGGAUCAAUCUUUAAAAAAAAAAGUGAUUUUAAAAAAGAGAAGUUUGUUGUUUAGGCCUUGAUUGUCUCCUGAUUUUACUUAGGAUAUAUUCAGGGAGCAAUUUCGAUGCAAGAAACCGUGUCUAGAUAGAGUAAGGUGAAAGUGAUUGUUCUCAGUGCAUUUGUAGGUUUAACAGCAAAGAUUGUGUGCUUAUAUUAUACAUGUAAUAAUAUUAAUGUAAAAGUAUGAUACACUGUUAUACUUUCUGUAUGGUAAUCCAAGUCUUGAAUAUGGAAGUUUUGAUAUAAAGUGUGUUUAUAAUUUUUUUUCUUUUUUCUUUUCUUUUUUAUACUUUUGAAAAAUAGGUAAAAGAAAGAAUUCAAGAAAAAAAAGGAAUAAUAUUAUUGCUGCAUAAUUUUUCUUAAUGGGAUAAAAUUUAUUCAUGAAUAGAUUGUUAAUUGCUCAGAAUAUUACGUCAUAGUUAAUGAAAGAAAUAGUUUUUAGAAAUUUCCCUGGGAAAGUUAUACUUAUAUUUUGGUAAACUUACAAUUGAUAUAUUUCUGACUUGGAAUUAAUAAUAAUCAAUAAUUAAUAAUGAUAAUGAUAAAUAAGCAUAGAAUAAUGGUAAUCUGCUAGUCAUUCUGGGCAAUGAAUUAUAUUGAACAAGAUUUUCCUCCCAGAUCAGAUAAGGCAUAUUUUAUUUGUGAAAAUUCAGAAAUGUAUAAUUAUGCAAUGUAUUUCAUGCUUCCAGUUUUCAGUUAAAAUAUAUGUUUGAGAAGGAAAAAAAAUGGUAAGCAAUGAAUUAAAAUGUAUUUAGUAAAAAUGUAUUGUACAAGA